AUGGCGGUAAGUUAAAGUUUUUUGAUUUUGUUGGUUUUUAGGUAAGAAUAAAGGUCUGAAAAGGUGGUAUAUGAACGAAUAGUCUUCUUAAAGUAUUGAAUAAGAAAUUUGUAAAAAUUAAUUGUUUUUGGCUUGAAAAAAAAUGUUAUAUUUUUCAUGAUCACCUAGUUGCGUGGCUUUUAAUAUUUUAUUGUUUUAUUGAAAGUUCUUUUAAAAUUAACUUAUAGGAAUGCAGAUACAUCAUGUAAACUAAGAAUAUAGGCCAAACUAUCUUACCUAUCUGUUGAAUCAUUUAAAAAUUCACUUUCAGUUCGCUUAUACUUCUUAUGCUGGAUAUAACAGUUUUGCUAAUGGAGAGGAUGGAGCUACUGGCGGUUCGGGAGCUUACAACCCUCGGUAUCAUUUCCAAGCCGCUCAAAAUGCUGGAUUUAACCUCCAGAACGAUGAUGGACAACCAAAGGUUUUGUAAGUUUGUUUUUUUGUUGGUUUUUCUUGUUUUAGAGGACUUAAAGAAGUGGUUGAUGAAAUUUUAGUCGAUGUAGAGCAAUAUAUUGGCUUUUAGAUGUUAAAUUGGGAUUGAUAGUUGGAGAAGGCUUUAGAAAAGGUUUAGAGAGCAAAACCUUGAUGUUUUAGGUUGUUUUUGAGUAACUUCUGGGUGAUGUUGUUUUAAAUAACUCUAAAGCGGUAGUUGGUUAACUUUUGGUGAUUUCAUAGCGAUUUUCUGGGUUUUUUAAUUGAAGAUUUAUAAAGACAGGUUCAGAAGGUUUAAUAUAAGCUUUAACCGAUUAAAUUUUAAUGUUUGUACUUUUAGGUAUGUUGGUAACCUCGAUACAAGCGUGACGGAGGAGUUUGUGGCCACGUUGUUCAGCCAAAUCGGUCGUUUGGUCAAGACCAAGGUCAUUUUUGAUGUAAGUUGUGGUGGUCCUGGACAAAGUGGCGCCUCUGUCUCUUAAGUUGACUUUUUACAAUUUUUUUUUCAUUUUUUUGAAUUGUAUUUGGCGGUAACUUUUAAAAAAUGGCCGAACUAUGAUAAAAGCUUAUUUUUUUAUUAUUUUAUCACAAUGGUCGAAUUUUUUCAAAGUUAUUGUAUGUUUUUUGAUUUUUUACAUUUUUUUGAAUUUUUUUGAUAUUAUUGUGGUCAGUAACGAUAAUAUUUCUGUUACAGCGCAAAGAGUAGGAAGAUUGGGACCCAUAAAGACUUGAGCCGUGAGAUUUUUCACAUUAUUUUUAUUUUUUUUUCAUUUUUAUUAGUAUUCAGUCUUGUAACUUUUGGUGGCAAAUUUCAAAGAUUAAAACUAGACUAAUAUAUGCUUAAUUUUAGACCACUUCCGACCCAUAUGCUUUUGUGGAAUUCGCUGACCAUAAUUCGGCUACCCAGGCUCUUCAGGCCAUGAACAAGAGAAUGUUGUUGAACAAGGAGAUGAAGGUCAACUGGGCCACACAACCUGGCACUCAAGCCAAGGUGGAUACAAGCAGUAAGUUUGUUAGAUUGAGGAUGGAAUUAGCUUGCUUUGGCGAGAAAAUGAUGUUUUUAAAUUUUAAAUUGUGUAUAGCAUAAUUUUAUAUUGUAGUAGGUCAACAGAUAACAAUUUUUUAAAAUUGGUUUUUUGAAUUUGGAUGAAAAAGAUCACAAAGAUGUUUAAGGUUGUGUUAGUUUGACUGUCAGCCCGAUAGAAUUACAUUAGGACACCGAUACGAAAAUUUUUUAUAUUAUUGUAGAUCACCAAUGAAUAAUUUUUCUUUUCAGGACAUUUCCAUGUGUUUGUUGGAGACCUGUCACCUGAAGUUGAUAACAAACAAUUGAGAGAAUCUUUUGCACCAUUUGGCGAAGUUUCGUAAGUUAUUUUUGUUAUUUUUUUAUGAUUUUAGGUAUAUGAUUUAUGGCAGUCUAAAAGAUAUUGUGAAUUAAGUCGGCUGAAAAUUAGGUUUUUGGGUUUUCCGGUUGCUUUUUUCAACUCCUCUUUCAAUUUUCUUCUUUGCUGUUACCUAAAUUGCCAAUUUACAGCGAUGCCAAAGUGAUUCGUGACCUCCAAACCACCAAAUCCAAGGGUUAUGGCUUUGUGUCGUACCCCAAGCGAGAGGAAGCCGAAAGAGCCAUCGAGCAAAUGAAUGGCCAAUGGUUGGGCCGUCGCACCAUCAGAACAAACUGGGCCACGAGAAAGCCAUCGGACAUGCCAGAAAACCCACGCGGUCCUCAAGGUGGACAUCAUCAUCGCAAUACCUACGACGAGAUCUACAACCAAGCGGGCCCGGACAACACGUCGGUCUACAUUGGCAACAUACCACCAUCGUCCACGGAUGAUGAUGUUAGGAAUAUAUUCAAGAGAUUUGGUACAGUUUUGGAUAUUCGCCAUUUCAAAGUACAGGGAUACUCGUUUGUUAAGUUUGAUUCGAAGGAGUCGGCCGCCAAGGCCAUUUAUGAAAUGAAUGGCGCUGAGUUUAUGGGACAGAACAUUAGGUGUUCAUGGGGAAAGGCUGACGUGAGUUUUUAUGGAUUUGGAAGUAUUUUAAUUAAAAAGUUUUUUUUGAAUUUUUGAAAAAUUUUAAAUUAAAAAAAUCAAAACACUUUGAAUUUUCUACAAAACCUGGUCUUAAUAUCAAUAAUUUAGAGCCAACGCCCACACAACGGCCCAGGAGGCGGCUACGGCCCGGCUGGACCAGAAGCCGGCCAUGGUGGUAUGCCAGGCUACCCAUAUGGAGCCGCCGCUUCAGCUCAACAACAACAACAGUACUGGCACUACUACCAACAGUACUACAAUAAUCCAGCCGUACAACAACAAUGGCAAGCCUACUACGCUCAAGCCGGCCGAGGCGCCCCACCUGCUGGUGCACCACCUGCCGGAGUACCACCUGCCAAUCCUGUCAAGUACGAAUAA